ACAAACGCAACAAGUUGACAGGAAGGAGAGGUCCUGUGAUUUCCUUCUAAAGAUAGACUUAUGUUUAAUCGUGAAUGUUCUUUUUGCGCUUGGUUUCUAAAGGUUUAUAGAUAUUUCUUUCUAUAAUGGCUCUAGAUUUAAGCACUGCGGAUGUGUAUGAGCAGGCUUCAGUCAUCGGGCAGGACAUCGAGAAAAUAAUCGAUCAGUAUGGCCAUGAAGCAGUGCUGGAUUUAAUGCCGAAGGUCGUCAGGGUUCUCGAAGAACUAGAAAUUCUCGUCAGCGAGAGAGAGAACGAAAAACUCGAGUUUGCUGAGUUGAAGAUGGAAAAUGAGAGAUUGUAUUUGGAAAUAAAAAAAGAGGCAAGCCAACGCCGAAAACUAGAUGAGGAAUUGUACAGUACUCAAAUUGAUGGGGAGGCAAACAAUCUGAAGACAAUGGUUGCCAAGCUGAAAGAAGAGAAUAAGAAGCUCAGAAUGGAAUACCAGGCCUCGAUGAACGAGAAGCUGACAGCCACCUAUGUGAGUGCACCAGGUGAUGCAGAGGUGAUGAGAAGAAUGAAGGAGACAAUCGACUCCCAGCGGGAAGCCAUACGGCUCAGAAACACUGAGAUUGACAAUCAACGGUCCGACAUAGAUGCUAUGGAAGAACAAAUUGACAGACUGACCAACAUUAAUGAAUCUUUGAGGAGGAAUCUUUCUGCAAAGCAAACAAGAAUCCGAAUGUUAGCAAAAGAGAAAGCAGAGUUGCAGGCAGAAUUUAAGGCUUUUAAAUUAGACCUUGGCAAAGAAAACAUUGGAUUAUCAGAAAGUGAGGAAUUAACAGGGGAUAUACAUGACAGUUAUGAACAAGAAGAUGAUGGAAAUGAACUGACUGAACUGCAUCAAAGAAAUAAUAGCCAUAAGGAAGAAGAAAAUAAUAAUGGAACACAUGAAAAGGUUGCGUCUGAAGUGCAUGAAUGGGAAAUUUUAGAAAAUGGAGAAAAUGAAGAAAAAGUAGAGUGGGAAGAAGGCAGGAUGGAUAAAUCAGCUCCUUUAGAUCCAAACAGACCGAGAUACACAAAGGCAGAGUUGCAAGAAAUUCUAAACGAAAGAAAUCAACUCAAAGAGGAAGUGUUCUUCUUGAAGGAUGAGCUUGCAUACUAUAGACCUAAAAAUGAGGACGAGGAACAAACACCAACAGCAAAAAGCCCAAAGACAAGCAAGAAACCCUCCAGACGGGAAGAAUCGGGAAUAUCCAAAAUAUUUAGCAUAUUCAAUCGGAAGUAGUAGAACUGCCUGGUUUGAUUUGAGUCACCCGUGUGUCCAAGAUUGUAGCCAUGGGCUACUCCGCCCCUCACGUGUGUCACGUGUUUAUCACGAAUGCGAUGAUCACGUGGUACACGACCAGCUCAAGUGCAACGUGUCACGUGUUUAUCACGAAUGCGAUGAUCACGUGGUACAAGACCAGCUCAAGUGCGACACGUCACGUGUUUAUCACGAAUGCGAUGAUCAUGUGGUACAAGACCAGCCCAAGUGCAACAUGUCACGUGUUUAUCACAAGUGCGAUGAUCACGUGGUGCACGACCAGCUCAAGUUUUGCGUCACGUGUCGCAAAUGCGUUGGUCGUUGGUAGCCCCUGGGGACUGGGGACAGCUAUAUUGUCAUAUUAGUUAGCCACGCGAGAACAAUAAACUCCACAUCUCUCUGGUUCCGAUCAUGAUCUUUAAAAACGUUAUAUAUUUUUGAUUCCAUAUUUUUAUUUUUAUACAUAUAUGUUUUUAAUUGUUACAAAAUAUAGAGAAACGGAAUAGUGUGAUUAGUGGCGAAUGGAAUCCCCCCCAGAGACACGCUGCUUGCAGAAAACCGCAAAACCGCACAGAAAAACGAUAAAAACCGCAAAACCGUUAAAAAAAGUCAAUAACCGUACACCGUGGAAUAAAAUAAGGAAAAUCGCGUCAGAUUUAAGGCAAAACCGCAUCACCGCUAACCCUUUCGCCCCCCUCCUAGCAUGUGACACUCCUUUUUGUGCUUACAAUGCUUACGAGGGACAAAUGUUAGAUAACUGUUAAUUCGGUUAAUAUGCUACCCUGGAUAAACAAGGAUUAUUGUAUUGCA